AUGGAACGCCCUGGGGCUGUGCAGGGCCGUCUGUCGUGCUGGAAACAGUCCUCUUCUCUGCGCAGCAGAUUCGACGCCCUAAGCUCGCAACCGAAGGAGGAGCCGAAGGAGGAAGAGGGGCUGCAGAGGUACACACGACGAUAAGCAGACUCACAGAUCGCCAUUGAUAACUGAUUGAUUCAUUAUUCGAUGCAUCUCCUACGUGGUGCAUUCCAAAGCACCGCCUGUCUGACGUCUGACACGCCAUGGGAGGUCAGCAGCACAGCACAGCACGUGCACAUCCACGGUGCAACCAAUGCUUGCUGUUGCUGUGUGUGUCUGUCUUCUGGUCAGGAAAACUGUAGGGUGCUCGAGUCGCUCCGCCUCCAUCCCCCCGUGGCUGCCUGUGCAUUCCUCUCGAUGCCAUCGUUGCCACUCGCGAGCUCAGCGACAUCUCUGCAACGGCACACUCACAAAGGAGCGGGCGCAAGAGCUGAGGUCGAAUCGCCAUGUGACAGCCCAUCCCCGUUCCACCGGACGGCUGACAGAGAUAGCAUCAAUCGGAUAGCCAACGACUGCCUCCCUGCGGCCUGUUGAAACAUGACCAUCGAGGGGCUGUCAGUGUCGAGGGGCGAGGAGGAGCGACUCCAUAGUGCCAAUCGAGACCGAUCUUUCUGCUGCGCUUGGUUUGAGGUGCUGAGUGUGUGUCAUUUAC